GCAAAUGUUAGUUAAAAAAUUAAAGAUAAAAGUUCGGUGUUGAUUCAAUUUAAUUUGAUGAAAAUGUGCAAAUAGACAUGGCAAGUCACGGUCCUUAUUAUUCGAAAAUGAGCUGCCUAAUUUAAUGCUGCCGUAAAUCUCAGCAUUUGCAUAUUUAAAUCCAAACGCAAACUUUGAACAGAUAACAAAAUUUGUAACGUAAAUUUCAGUAUUUCAUUGCGUUUUAAGUAAUGAGUGAGUGAAAGUUGUAAAUGAAAAAAUGGGUUUUCAAAACUAUAAUUCUUGCGAUAGGAAGCAUAAAUUCGAGGAAGCAGUCGCAUUAACAGGAUAUGGAAAAUUCAACCUGAAAAUACUUCUGGCUUCGGGAGGAUGUUUGAUGGUUGUGAUCAUAGAAACUAUGGCGAUGAUGUUCGUAGUUCCGGCAUCGCAAUGCGAUCUAGACUUGAGCCUUUCAACGAAAGGUUUAUUAUCGGCCAUCAGUUUCUUAGGAGUUGUCUCGAGUUCUCAUAUGUGGGGCUUCAUAGCCGAUACCAGAGGUAGAAGAAACGUUCUCAUAGUCAGCAUGAUCAUGAGCUUCAUCACUAGUCUAAUAUCAAGCAUAAUCCCAUACGAUUGGCUCUUUAUUUUCAUUAGAUUUAUAAAUGGAUUUUUCGUUGGCGGGGCGUCUGCUGUAGUCUACGCUUAUGCAGGUGAAUUCCACGAUAGGAUUUACAGACCAAAAGUGGUUUCGUGGAUAGCAACUUUUGUAGCUUUUGGGAAUAUGCUGAUACCAGGAUUAGCGUGGUUGAUCCUUCCUUUAGACUUCAAUUUUCCCAUAUCGUUUUUAGAAAACGGUUUCCGUCCAUGGCGUUUAUUGGUGAUAUGUUACGGUCUUCCCAGUCUAUUAUUCGCUUUCUUCUUAUCGCACUUACCAGAAAGCCCGAAGUACUUGGUAGCUCAAGGAAGAUGCGAAGAGGCUCUAAAUAUACUUAAACACAUGUACUCUAAAAAUUACAAUAGAAAUCCAGACGAAUUUCCUGUAUUUGAAAUUGAAUCUGAAGAGGACUUAAGUCUCAAGAACGGUGGUGUAUUGAAGACCAUGUGGUUCCAAACAGCGCCUCUUUUCAAAAAACCCUACUUACUAAAAACUUUAAUGGUUUCCUUUCUACAAUUCGGAGCUUUCUUCUCUUCUUCAGGUUUGAUCAUGUGGUACCCAGAGGUUCUUAACAGAAUGGCGAGCUUUAGCGUCGCGAAUCCCGACGAAUCCGUGGAAAUGUGCAAAUCCAUAGAGUAUUACAACGAAAUUACUGCUAAUUCAACUAUUACUAGUGAUAUUUGCAUGGAUACAGUUGAUGUGAAUGCGUUUUUAACAUCUUUGCUUAUCGGAGUCGUUUUUGCAUUUAUGUACAUCUUCAUUGGUGCUGUUAUCAACAUCGUCGGAGCCAAGAAACUUCUUAUUUCAUUAUUGAUAAUAACCACAAGCUGUGGUAUUGCUGCGCAAAAUGUUAAGGAACAACUUUCCACUCAAAUAUUGAUGGGUAUUUUCUUGACGGAAGCUACAUGUGUUGGCAUUAUAAAUGCCAUAGUUGUGGAACUGUUUCCAACUCAACUAAGAGCCAUGGCUUUAGCUAUUUCUUUGAUGGCCGGAAGGUUUGGAGCCGUGGCUGGUUCCAAUGCUACAGGACCGAUUAUUUACUCGAUAUGCAAUUAUAUGUACUACAUAUUUGCAGUGGAUCAUUUAUUGUUAAUAAUAACAGUCUUGCUGCUACCAUCUCCACCGAGCAUCAAGAAGAUGAUACAACCUAAUGUUUAGAACAGAAAUAAAAAUAUUUAUUGAAUAAUUUAAAGUUUAUUUUAUGUUUUCAUAAAUGUCA